UCGGCGUACCCGUGUGUGUACCAGUGUGUGUGUUCUGUGUGUGCUGUGCAGUGUGUGCUUGGAUUUUAUGACGUAAUUUUGACAUCUAGAGCCUGAAACUUAGCUGUAAAUUGGUCGAAAAAGACGCAAGUUUUUUCGCAACCCAUAGAAGCUGUGUUUGGUGUCGAAUUAGAAAAAAACAUUCAAGAAUAGUGAGAAAAACAUUAAAAAUAGUCCCCGGAAACUGAGGCGUGACGUCAUGAAGAAGAUGAGGAUAACGGUGUAGCUGAGCGUUAAAGGGGGAUUAUGAACAGUCACAUGGUCUAGCCAUGACGAUGGCUUUUCUAUUCGGCGCGCUCGGUGCUUUAGCUCUCGUCAGUCGCACGGGUUGCACAGACAACACAAAUGGAGUGGACGGAGGCCAAGAGAUAGAGUACACGGACGUAGACUUAGGAGUCACGCAGCGAGGACCACAUUUCGAUCUGGCGUACUCCAGAAACGUUACAGCGCUGGUUGGGAAGACCGCACAGCUGAACUGCAGGGUUCACGAUCUUGGGAACAGAACAGUAUCAUGGAUAAGGCAUCGAGACAUCCACCUCUUGACCUCGGGCAGGAUGACCUACACGUCCGACCAGAGGUUCAUCAGUGUCCACAACCCACACACUGAGGACUGGAUAUUGAAGAUAAGGUUUCCACAGCGGCGUGACUCCGGCAUCUACGAGUGCCAAGUUGGAACCACGCCGCCCAUAGGCCACCGGAUGUACCUCUCCGUUGUCGAGCCGCUGACAACGAUCCUGGGUGGUCCAGAGCUGUUCAUCAACAUGGGCAGCACAAUUAAUCUCACUUGCGUCGUGCAGCACUCGCCGGAACCACCCCCCGCGAUACGCUGGACUCACAAUGAUGAGGAAAUCAACUACGACUCACCCCGUGGAGGGGUGUCGGUCAUCACUGAGAAGGGUGAGAUGACGACGUCUCACCUGCUGGUGCAGAAGGCUCGAGCGCCUGACUCCGGCCGGUACACCUGCGCACCGGCAAAUGCCAACCCUAGAUCCGUUCUCGUCCAUGUGUUAAGUGGAGAGCACCCAGCAGCGAUGCAGCACGGAGGUCAGCUCCGUCUCCAGUACCCACUCUCGGCCGCCCUCCUAAGUGUCAUCGUCACCCUCAUGGGCUGCUAGUAUCAUUUAGCUUCAUCUAGCUUAAGAUGCGGCUUCGUGCAAUAGUGUAAGUCCAUCAAUCAGCCUGUUUGCGUCCACUGCUGGACAAUCUGAAACUGAUCAAAUGAAAGGCUUAAUUAGCUUGUAUAAUUUUUUAUAAGUGUUUUACUUACACACAAGGAGAUUUCUAAAUAAUUUUUAAAUACAUAUCACAAAUUGUGGAACUGGCACGAUUCGAACCUGCAUCUUCUGGGAAUCGCGCAAAAUGCCUUAACAAUUAGGCCACAGUUCGCCUUGCUGCCAGUGCCCAAAUUUGAGAUACCUAUUAUGUAUAUUCACCCAGUACUAAUUGGCAUUAACAGUCGCUUCAGUAAGUUGUGAAAGCGUCUAUGUUUUGACUCAGUUCAUAUAGAUCUUGACGGGAAUGUGGCGGGUGAUUUCAGGGGCAAAAUCGAUGGUGUUAUACGUAGAAAAUCAAUUAAGAGGAAGAUGGAUUCACACACAAAGGGUUCCGUACGAAAAAACGUAUACACUAUUGCACGAAUCCGCUUAUUUUAUGAUAAGAAGUACAUUAAAUAUAUAUUUUGUCAACCAUAUUGAAUAUAAAAGCUAAGUUAACAGGGCUCUCUCCGUCACUCGC